CACAGAUUCUGCAAGUGGUUCACAUACUUUUUCAUGCCACUGUACAUCACUACUGGGAAUUUAGUUGGUUUUAUUUCUACAUUUUUUUCAAAGAAACAACAAGGAUGACACAAAAAAAGGAUGAUGAACUUUAUUUUCAGUGCAUGAACAAAAUUUCUUUCCCGGUCUGUAAUUACUGGCAACGAUUGUGGUAAAAAUGAAAUAUAAAAACAAAGUUGCACAAAACCUACUCCAUUCUACCCUUUUGGUUCUUUCUGAAACAUCUGUGUAUCAUUAAAUCGCAGCACGUCUCUGUAAGAGUAACUUUGAAUAAAAGUGUCUGAUAAAUGAAUAAAUGUAAAUCUGUAGAUUCUAGAUCAGACACAGGAGAUCUCCUCUCAUUACUUACUUUCAGUAAGCUUGUCUGUUCUUUAUUUACAGCUGAAGAGUUCAGAUUGUGUUUACUGGACAAGAGUAAAUUAUGUGUUCAAUUAUGUGUUCACUAUCACAUUACCAGCAGUGUUUCUGAGUUUAAUCUCAGAUUGACUGUUUGUGUUUGUUCUGCAGUGUUUGGAGCUGAUGAAGAUGGAGUGAAGAGAGAGUCAGUGAAGAAGGGAGAUUCUGUUACUCUAGACACUGGUGUUACUGACAAACAUAAAAUUAAUAAGAUACUGUGGAUGUUUCGAGAUGAUGUCAUUGCUGUAAUGUAUAAAAAUGACGAGACCUCAUAUCCUGAUGAUGAGAGAUUCAGAGACAGACUGAAGCUGGAUAAUCAGACUGGAUCUCUGACCAUCAACAACACGAGAGUCACAGACUCUGGACUUUAUGAAGCACAGAUCAAUCUCAAUGAUGGGCUCUCAUAUAAGAGAUUCAAUGUGACUGUCUCAGCUGUUCCAGAUCCAGUUCUGUCUCCAGGUGCUAAAGCAGGAAUAGUUGUUGUCGUUCUGUUGGUGUUUUCUGCUGCUGCUGCUGCUGUUUAUUAUCGACACAGAAUCUGUGAUCUAAAACGUUUAUUGGAAGCCGAGGUCUCUGAACGACAGUCAGAAACGGGAGUCAAGCAUGUUUAACCCACAGUAAUGUUUGUUCGUCUGCUAUUGAAGCUCACAGAACUAAAUAAUUUGUAGAUGGUGUUGUGACCGAUGAAGAGGCAGCCUCUGAACAACUAACAAGUAAAACAUUUGAAGAGAGGACAGUAUCAGUAAAGGAGGGAGAUUCUGCCAUUCUCAAGACUGAUGCUGAAAUACAGAGAGAU